AUGUGUCCAUAUCGUUUAUCCAAGCAACAAUCUAGUAGGGAGAAUGGCGACGAUAACAUCGUCCAAGCUGGCAAAGUGGCCGACCACGAAUUGGUGAACGGAUCGGCGAAAUGCGUGCGAAGAAAGAAGAAUAAAAGUAAUAAUGUCAACGCAAAAACCAUUGAAAUCGUCUCGAACGAGGAUGAAGUAGAAAAAGCGGUGCGAGAAGUGAACAAGUUGUUGGGUGAGAACAACGUCCCUAAGCCUUCUCAUUCUGCUUACAUCAGACAUGACACCUCCGGCAUCUGGAAGAACAUAUUGGUUGUUCAAUACAAGCAUUUGAAUGUAAAUAACGAAGUCCAUCGUCUUUUUGGGUCGGACGCUUUGCAAAAGUGCAACGAUCCUAAUCGGAAAAGAGUGAGCCACACGUCGAGUCGCUCACACAAAAAUAUCUUUAACUUUCAAGAACGUUGGGGCAAAAUUGAGACACCUGGGAUCUCAAUGGUGUUGCUUGAGAACGUUAAUGGAUUGAAGUAUUUUACCUUUGAGCACGAUCGCGAUUACAAAAAGGUCCAGAAUGAAUUUUUGGCCGCUGUGGAAAGUUUCUCGCCGUCUAUGAUCCAGAAUAUAAUUUAUCGUCAUCCGUAUCACAUCGAUUGCCUGUUACAAUUAUCUGACGCAUACAAGCAACAAGACAAUUUCAUCGUUGCAGCUGAACUGGUUGAGAAAGCGUUGUAUUGUUUGGAAAAUGCGUUUCAUCCUGGUUUCACUAUUGAUCGUGGAAAUUGUCGAUUGGAUUACAGACGACAAGUAAAUAGAGCAUUUUAUGUGGCAUCGUUUAAGCAUGUGAUUUUUAUUGGUAAUAAAGCCUGUUACAGAACGUCCUUAGAAUUGAGUAAAUUCCUACUCUCUUUGGACCCAGACGAUGAUCCCUUGGCAAUAAUAUUAAUGAUCGAUUAUUACGCCCUGUGCGCCGGGGAGUAUAAAUGGCUAAUUGAAUUUUUAGACAAAUGGAAAUUCAAGAACGAACUGGAGCUUCCCAACAUGUUAUACUCGUUGGCGUUGGCGCAUUUCCUCAACGGCGACAAAACCAAAGCUGACCAACUUCUGCAAAAGGCCAUAAUAACGUUCCCCGGAGUACUAGUUCUAUUGCUGGAGUUUAGUUACGCCAAAAUUGACAUGGUGUCCAAACACCCGUUCUUCGUAGAUCGUAGAAACUGGCAGCCCGAUUCGUUGAACACGAUCAUUAAUUUAUUCGCCAGACGUAACUAUCACAUCUGGAAAAACAGGACCGUAUUGAACUGGAUGGAAAGUAACGUCGUUGUGAUACUACCUCUGACCGAGAAGUUGAGCUUCAAAAUGUUAAUGGAGGAGAACAGCCUCCUGGCAAGUUACAGGAUCCCCUUGCCACGUAACAUACUGCGACACAUCUACUUGUCGGAAAUCGAAGAGGUCACCGUGGCGAUCGACACGACCACGUCGUUCAUGUCUUUCGAUCCCCUACCUCCGGACGACUCGAUCAACUUGUACAACGGACCAAGAAGGCCGAACUUAUACGAAACCCUUUCCAAUCUCGAAUUGGGCAACAAUCAAAUGAUGUUUGAACCGGGACCAGAUGACCGCACCUACUACUUAGUAAUUAAUUAUAAUUAA